UGGGAGUUUUAUAGUGAUUCAAUAAUAAGAACCAUUAAUUCCAAAUUAAGAGAGAGAGAGAGAUGAAUAAGGGAAUAAUGAGCAGCAAAGGUAAUUAUUUGAGGAAGACCAGAACCUUUGUGCUGCAGAAGAACCAAAGCCCGAUGCAGCAGCUGGUAGAAUCCGGAGGAGAAAAUAGUAAACAAAAUAGUAAGAUUGAGAAAAAGGAGGCGGCGGUGGUGGAAUUCCCCGUGUCCCCUCAGCUGAUGUAUGGGGAAGAGAUGGUCCAUUUUAGCCAUCCUCGGCAUCGGCUUUCCCGGAUGUGCCUUCCGGACCUGUUUACGUGCAGUGGGUGCAAGGAGUACGGCGCCGGCAGCCGAUUCAGUUGCCAGCAAUGUGAUUUCCACCUCCACGACUUCUGCGCCUUCUCUCCUCCGGCACUCAAGGCCCACCCUUUCCAUUCCCACCAUCUUCUUCUCUUUUACUCCAAGCCAGUGAAAGGCGGCAUCAUGCAGUCCAAGUGCGAGAUUUGCGCGAAGCCCAUUAAAGGAUUUGCGUUCCGAUGUGGGGUGUGCAGCUUCCAGAUGCACCCUUGCUGCGCGAUGCUAUCCUCGGAAAUGAAGGUGCCGUCGUUGCAUCCGCAUGCGCUGAGGAUGCUGGGAGCUGCAUCAUCAUCAUCAUCAUCAUCAUCAGUAGUUGAUCACCCCAGCAGCUUGGUGAUGUGCGGUGAGUGCAAGAGGAGGAGGUCCGGGAGGAUGUACCGUUGCACCGUGUGUGAGUACCACGUGCAUGCAGUGUGCGCAAAGAGCGUGAAAAACGGCCUCCGUGACAACGGCCACAAGGGAACCGAGAAGCCCAGCGUGCUGGGAACCGCCGCAAGACUCGCUUCCCAGGUGGUCGUUGAGUUCUUGGGAGGCAUCAUCGAGGGCCUCGGAGAAGGGGUUGGCGAAGCUUUCGUCCAGAACAUCAACGGCAAGGCCGCCCCCUCAGCCCUUCAUCAUCGUUAAUUACCCUCUGCCUGCUCUCCCUCCAAAUUACAAAAAAAAAAAAAGGAAAGCGCGCGCUCACACACACACACAUAUAUAGCUCCCCUACCACCACCUCCGUCCUACUCUUCCUCUUUCUUUCUUCCCUAUUUUUACUAUUUGUUAUUAUUUUCCUCCUUUAUCCUAGCUCUCCCAUUCCCUUCUAUCCCUAAAUAUAUUAUUUGAAAAAUAGUAUCUAGGUGACAAGCUUUUUCUUUUUUAAUUAUUAUUUAUUUAUUAUUUUCUUUGCAAUCUCUCUUCAUUUCCCGUUGUUUCCAUUUUCCAUAUGUAUGACUAUUCCAAGUGUAAUGGUGUUCUGUAAUAUAAUCCAUAUGUAAAUUAUUCUCUUUUUGCA